AUGCACUGCACCGACGAGGGUGCGACUUUCAUGGGCCUCAAGUAUGGCUUCCAGUGCUCGUGCGGCUUUGGGCAGGAAGAAGAAUACACGCUGAACGGCACCGGAGAAUGCGCGUGCGGGUGCUACGGUGACCGCGACGGCAACUGCGGUGGACAGUGGGCCUUCGACCUGUACUCCCUCAGAGGAGGGGACGAUAGCUCGACCUCCGUGACGCCAUCACCAACGGCGUCGUCGACCGGCUUCCCGAUGCCUACGGGCUUCCCGAACCUGUCGGCCGCGCCCUCGACAUCGUUCACGUGGGGCCCGACGGGGGGGCCGUCAUCAGCGCCCACCUCGUCCCCUACUAGCAGCACCAUGACCAUGACGGACGACGACGGAGGGUACUCCAUGACAGCCCCCCCGACACCGGCGAGGUCGCUGCCGACACCGUCGCCACACAUGCCGGUGGAACCCACCCCGACCAUGCCCGUGGCACCCUCUACUCCGAUGCCCGCGACUCCUACUCCAAUGCCGGUGGCACCUCGUACUCCGAUGCCCGUGGCACCGCGAACGCCCGCCCCCGUAACCCAGGAGCCUGUGGUCCCCCGUACUCCGAUGCCCGUGACGCUUCCAACUCCGAUGCCUGUGGCGCCGCGAACGCCCGCCCCCGUCACCCAGAAGCCUGUGGAGCCUGUCGCGCCCCCUACCGCGCCGACUCCCGGCUCGCCGACGCCCGCUGACAUGACGGAACUCGUUGACCUGCACAACGAAGCAAGGUGCGUUCACAACGCGGACCCUCUCACGUGGAGCAGCACGGUGGCAUCUUCCGCCGCCGAACACGCCGAGAGGCUCACGGCCCAGUGCUCCUCCAACCUGUUCCACAGCACUCAGGAACAGCGGUACGGCUACGGCGAGAACCUGUACAUGUGCUGGGGGUCGGACUCGUGCUACUCGCACGAGAGGGCGAUGGAGGGACUAUACUACGACGAAGUCCAGUCCGACAGUGUUCUCCAGUACGGUGGUCACGCGACCCAGAUCCUGUGGAAGUCUACGGAGCAAGUCGGAUGCGUCGUGGCGCGGUGCACCAACGGCGGAACCCCCUACAUGUUCCUCGUGUGCCAGUACGACCCACCGGGUAACUAUGGCGGCCAGUACGAGGAACAGGUGGGCCUUCCUGACUCCGGGAAGUCGUGCUAAGCACCCCCACUUCGCUGUGUUACAUCCGGAUAGAUAGUUACUGAGCCCAGUUGUUAUUGACCGUGAUGUCGAGCUGGUCACCACAAGCCAGGCUUGAAACCUCCCUCCGACGACAGGUAAUUGUCGACGCUAGAUGGGGUGGAGGUGGGGACCGCGAUCGGCCUCGUUCUUAAAUUGUUGCGUUACACUGCGUGCUGUGCUUGUUCCUGCUGCUGCGUCCGGUAGCUCAUCGUCAGUUUUGUUGCUUUCUUUGUGCUUAGUGCUCGUAUUUACUUGGUUUACUCGGAUUCGGACUUUCUGUCUUUCGUGUCGUGAGAUGUUUCCGUGUGUGUUCCGGUCGUUCUAACUCUUGCCUUCGCUUUUCGUGCCGACACUCAUCAGCUGUUGUACAGACAUUGCCCACCUUCGUUCUUUGUAGCAUUGUGUGUUUCAUAUCUCGCGAGUUUUGUUCGCUGCAAGAGGUUGUACUUCUUUCUUUCAAGACUGGGGAGUGAGUCCAUGCCCACGCGCAACGUCGUUCGUAUAAUCUGCCUUGGGAUAGCCGAUCUUGAACCAAUCGUAAUCUGCGGCGUGAGGCAUGCUUGAUCUGCUGUGGAGAGCACGUGGCAAGAAUCAGACUGUUUGCCGUCGAGUGGGAUAUGUGCAUGUUAUAUGGGGAUAGAGUCUCAUGAAGCGCAAUGCACGCGGUGAGUGUCGAAAACCUGGUACCAUAAUGGGGUUGAACCGCCCACCAACCCGCGUGGGCGAGGUAAAGCUAACCCGAAACAUGUGACUACAGCUCGGGAGUUGGGGUCAGCCAUUUCAACAUCGAUCUGCGAGUUGUGUAG